AUGGGAGAGGCAAAUAAUAUCUCAAAUACUAGAGCUGAUAUAAAAGGUUCUGGACUCAGUGGAGAACAGUUUGACAACAAUCACAAAUCUGAAGAAAAGUCAAGAAACUUUACUAGUUUCGAAUGCAAUAUUUGUUUUGAAAAUGCGUAUGAACCCAUAGUCACGAGAUGUGGUCAUUUAUACUGUUGGAGCUGUAUUUGCUCCUGGCUUGAUAGGGGGUAUGGAGACUGCCCAGUUUGCAAGGCAGGUGUUAAUCCAGACAACGUAAUUCCGCUUUAUGGCAGAGGUAGUGAAAAUUGCGAUCCUAGGAAAAAAACGAAGCCUAGGCCAAAGGCUGAAAGACCAGAAGCUAGGCAACGUAAUUAUAACAUGGAAGGGCAAAAUAGAUAUUUUCAGAAUUCCGAGUUCACAUUUGGAGUUAAUAAUAUUUCUCUAAUAACAAUGUUCGCCAAUCCACUAGGUGCGCUUUUGAGCUUGGGCUACACCCAUCGUUAUUUUUUUGGGGAUUUUGCAAAUAGCAGGCAACCAGAUAAUAACAGCAAAGUAGUCAUUUCCGUUAGAGAGGUUGUUGAAAUUGGGUUUCUUGCAAGUAGAGUUAUCAUGCAAAUUUAUAAUAAUAUUGAUGCAGAACUUAGAAUUAAUUACAAGGAAAAAGAUAACUCUCCGGUUACAGUUGCUGAUUUAAAGGCAAAUGAAAUAAUUUGUGCUAGGCUUUCUUCAAAAUGGCCGCAAAUACCAAUAAUUUCUGAAGAAUCAGAAAUUAAUACUUGGGAGAACAGAAAGGAGUAUAAGAUAUGCUGGCUCGUUGACCCACUUGAUGGUACAAAAGAAUUCUUGAGACGAAAUGGGGAGUUCACUGUGAAUAUUGGGCUUUGUGAAGAUGGUAAACCGACACUUGGAGUUGUCUCAAUUCCAAGCACUGGAGUUUCUUUUGUUUCGUUUAAUAAUUUAAGAGGAGCGUAUAAAAUUGCUACAUUCAAUUCAUCAAAUGUUAUUUGUGAUAAAACAAUACUUGAAUUUAUCCCUAAGUCAGAUAAAUCCGUUGUUAAUUACAACGAAAUUAGAAUACUAAAAUCUCACAACUACCAAUGCCCAAUUUUAGAUUCAUUUGCACAAAAAUUCUUUUGUAAUAGCGUAAAAAUUCCAUUUGGAUCAUCAAUUAAAUUUAUUGAACUAGUUGAGAACCGUGCUGACGUUUAUCCAAGGUUUCACGAUUGUAUGGAAUGGGACACUUGUGCGAGCCAUAUUAUAUUACAACAAACUUGUGGUGAUAUUUAUAAACUUGAAUUAUUAUUUUCCGGAUCAGAAACUCAGUUCAAACUUGGGGAACCAAUCACUUAUAAUAAAGAAAUUCUAGUCAAUCCAUACUUCAUUGCGGCUAAUGAGAAAGUCAUUGAAAUUCUAAAGAAUGGUGUUGUCUCAAAGUCGAGUUAA